GUUCCUUACACGCCAACAUGCUAGGAUACGUCACUUAUUUCGGGCACUCUAUGGGCCUUGCCUUUUUCGAUGGCGCUCUGUUCAUGUUAAUGGGCAAGGCCGAGCGCGUGCUCCAAUCUGCUCCAUUUAUCGCUGCCACAAUCUUCGACGCAUCCGCUGAACACGGCAUGCAGCUGCGAGCGGCCACGGGCAAAGGUGCAGUGCUUUUUCAAUUCCGAGGCACAGGAGCCAUAGGUGCCAAGUUGAAGCUGUGGAGGGACAUGAAAG